UGAGUGCUUCUAGCUACUUCUAUUGAGAGUGGUGACUGUAAAGGUUCACUGAGUCUUGAGAUGUGCUCACCGCAUCUAAUUUUCCCGUGUUGGUGGUGUAUUGAGGUCUGUGUGAUGCUGUAAGAAGGAUUAAGGACAAUCAGGCUGGUCAGAGCACGAGCUAAGCUUAAUCUGUCACCUGGAUCUGUUUACUUCAUCUCUAACAGCAUGACAUUUUACUCCACUGUGACCUCCACUGUGAAUCAAACACUAACUUCGUCUCCUACUUAGGAGACACCAUGGGCUGUGGGGUCACCAAAGGGGGUCAAUUCCAUAAAACACAUGACAAAGAUGGCAAUGUCAUCUCAGUUAGGAUCUCAGCGGCCAUAACAAUAAGAGCUGCAGUUCUGAUCCAGCGUUGGUAUCGUCAGUAUGUGAGCCGCAUGGAGAUGAGGCGCAGAUACACCUGGAACAUCUUCCAGUCCAUAGAGUACACUGGGCUUCAAGACCAAAUCAAACUGUAUAAUUUUCUUGGUUACCUUAUGGACAACUUCACACCUUCUAGCAAUGAACGAAAAUUGAUCUCCCACAUCUUCAGAGACAAUGAAAUAUGUCGGGAUGCAGAGUGGGAGAGAUACUUCAGUUACUCCAAUAUCGACAUUCCAGAAAUCUAUUCAGGCCCAAGGCUAACCUUCCCUCUGGAUGCAAACCAAGCUGCUGAUCUUGUGGAGGCUUUUAGAAACAAGCAACAGCUCCAUUCUCGUUAUGUUCUCCAACUUCUCCUUGAAACCUGGAAGCUGCUCAGAGUUCUGCCAAAUAUCAACCGAAUCUCUACCUGCCAUAGCAAAGAAAUCACAAUAUGUGGGGAUUUACAUGGACAGUUAGAGGACUUACUUCUAAUAUUUUACAAAAAUGGGAUGCCAUCUCUGGAGAAGCCUUAUGUUUUCAAUGGUGACUUUGUGGACCGAGGCAAGGACUCAAUAGAGAUUCUGCUUAUUUUAUUCACUUUCUUGUUGGUCUGUCCUGGAGAGGUUUACCUUAAUCGAGGGAAUCAUGAAGAUCACAUCAUAAACCUGAGGUAUGGGUUCACCAAGGAAGUGUUGGGCAAAUAUAAGAUGCACGGUAAACGAAUUCUAAAGCUGCUGCAGAAGAUAUUCAGCUGGUUGCCCCUGGCAACAGUGAUUGAUCAGAAGGUGCUGAUCGUUCAUGGGGGCAUCUCAGACACCACAGACCUGGCACUGGUGGCCCGAAUGGACAGACACAAAUAUGUAUCUGCCCUGAGGCCUCCGAAGCAGAGAAGCAGUGUGUCUAUGCGGUCAUCAAUGGACUCAGAGAUGGAAGAUGAAUCGCUGAACUCUAAGCACAGUUUUUUGAACAGAAGGCGAUCCUCGUUCACAUAUUACAGGCCCUUACCAUCCCGGGAAACUUUCCAGUGCCGUUCUUUGCAGGACUUCUCAACUACAGUGGCCAGGACCAAGGAGGAAGAGCUCAGGAUCCAACAAAGGCAGACCAGCUUUGCCCAGUCUGGCAGCAGCCUGGCCUAUAAAUACUGUAACAUUUCCACAUCAUCUGAAUCAGCCAGAGAAUCCGUCAACACCCCAGACAUCAAAAAUGAGUGGAAAGAGAUCCUGGACUUGCUGUGGAGUGACCCCAUGCCCGAAGAUGGCUGUAUCCCAAAUGAAGUUCGUGGUGGUGGCUGUUACUGGGGCCCCAACGUGACUGAGGACUUUUUGAACAAACACAACCUGCAGCUCAUCAUCCGCUCCCACGAAUGCAAGCAAGAUGGAUAUGAGUUCUGCCACAACCGUAAGGUCCUCACAAUUUUUUCAGCUUCUAACUACUAUGAAGUGGGCAGUAACAGGGGCGCACUGGUCAGGUUAGGUCCAGAUCUAGUGCCUUAUUUUAUUCAGUACCAGACCAACAGCAAGACCCGGGAGAUGAGCUUUGGACAAAGUAUCAGACGAACAGAGCACUCUGCACUUAAAGUCCUGAGAGAGCAACUGUUUGCACACAAGUCAGAUCUCAUCAGUGCCUUUCGGGAAUAUGAUAAGAAGAACACAGGUCUCAUCUCUCUGAAUGACUGGAGCAGUGCUGUUGGACAGGUGCUACACUUAGAAUUGCCCUGGAGAAUGCUGCGCUCUCAGCUCCUCACUAACACCACCAACGACAUGCUGGAUUACCACAACUGGUUCCGUAACCUCGCUAUAAAGGAAACCAGCUGUGAGUACAUUGAGCAGACACUGCUGGAGACUCUUUACAGGCAUCGCUCCACUCUGGAGACCAUCUUCAGAAUAGUGGACACAGAUAACUCGGGCCUCAUCUCUUUUGAAGACUUCUGUCAGACAUGGAAGCUGCUAAGUGUCUAUCUGAAAAUGGAGAUUUCCACCGAAGCCAUCAAUGACCUGGUGGUCAGCAUAGACAUGAACAAAGAUGGCUACAUAGACAUUGAUGAAUUCAUGGAGUCUUUUCGCUUAGUAGACAAGAACAUACGCAAACCAGAGGAACAGGAUCUACCUCAGGAUGGAAUAUAGGCCGCAGAAGAAAAAGGCACAAUUCUUACACCAGAAUAGAUAGUAAACAGUUGUGUAUGUUUGCUUUAAUAAUAUUCAGACUGCUCAGUAUGUGGGUGACCCAUGAGCUGUGAACACGAUGACCUCCUGGAACAUUUGAAAGUGCCUUUUUCAUGAAUUCCUCUAAGAAUUUCAGGUGAUGAAUCUUGAGUCUUGGAAUUUAGGAAAUUUAGGGAGUUGAGCCUUGGAUGUGUCAGUGAGAGCAGGUUUCAAUGUUAAGCAUACACACAAGCUUAUUAUAUUUAUGUCCUGGUCUAUCAGUAGACAUUGUGAAAUAUCCACACAUUUAUAACUGUCGCGUAUGCACAACAAGACAUGGGAAAGUGUGAAGAAAACUGCUAGGUCUGAAGGAAACUGUCCUGUUGGUCCAGAGCAUCAAUAAAAUGGAAGGUAAAAUAUCAAACUGGAGUUUGACCAGGCUACUGACUUCACAUUCACAGGCAUGAGAAAGGGUGCCCUUCAUGAUUUAACCCUCAUGAGGCAUGAAGUUUCCUCAAGUUCCAAGAAAGACUGCUUUGUUUAUUCAUGGGUGUAAAACCAUGGUUAUCUAAGCAACCUUCAGUCACUGUCUGACGUUUGCUCAUGUCAGCUAUCUAGUUUUAGCCAUUAUUAGAUUAAGAUUAAGAUUAUAUAGAGAAUACAGAGAAUGGGCUUUUGUGUACAGCAUGUUUGUUUAGUACAUGAUACCACAUCACACAUUUUAAUACCCAAGUUUUCAUUUUUGCAACUAAAUAAAACUAAUACCAGCUAUCAUGGUGGUACCAUCAUACAGCUACAGGUCUAGGGAUUGAUUCUGAGCUCGGGUUAUUGUCUUUGUGGAAUUUCAGUGAAGGAUCAGUUUAUCUCUUAUAUUCAAGAAAUAACAGCAAGAUACAUCUUCAAUUUAGUAAAAAUAAAAAUCUAGUAUUUCCAAUUAAGAAACCCAAUACAAAAUUAUUAAACCUAGUAAAAUAUGCCUAGAAAGAAGCUUAAUAAUUUUAUAUUUGGUUUAUUGACUAAUUAUAAUUCAAAUGUUGCUGUAUUUGACCAGAUUCAAGAUUUUAUCACUUGCUAAGAUGACAUUUUU